AUGUACCAGAAUUUUAAGUGUUUCGAAAGAUUGUUAUGUACUGUCUAUGACCUUGAAGGCUCUUUGUGGAUAAAGACGACGUGA